CCCGGAGGGAGGAGCGCGGGGAUCCCAGGAAGUAAGAUUCCUGGGCCUAUGAGGGGGCGUGGCUCCUAUUGACGCUGGGGCGGGGCCUGGGGGCGAGGCCUCCGCCGUGCGCUCAGGCGGUGCUGCGGCCGCCUCUUCCGGGUCUUAGGAGCGGCAGUGGCGACGGCGGCGGCCGCGCCGGCCUGAGGGAAGAUGGCGGCGACCUGGUGGCGAGUCGCGCUGUACGGAAGUCGGAGGUGGCGGGGCUUCAGCACCUCAGCCGCCCUGAGCCGCCGGACCGCUCCUCUGGGGCCGAUGCCCAACGAGGUCAUCGACGUGAGCAACCUGGAGCGGCUGAAGAAGUACCGCAGCUUCGACCGGUACCGGCGCCGGGCGGAGCAGGAGGCGCGGGACCCGCACUGGUGGCGGACCUACCGGGAGCAUUUCGGGGAGGAGUCAGAUCCCAAAGACAAGAUUGACAUUGGGUUGCCUCCACCUAAGGUCUGCCGGACCCAACAGCUGUUGGAGCGGAAACGGGUCCUCCGGGCGCUGCGGGCCAACGUGGAGGAGGAGCGGGCCGCUCGCCUCCGCACAGCACGCAUCCCGCUGGAGGCAGUGAGGGCUGAGUGGGAGAGGACCUGUGGCCCCUACCACAAGCAGCGUCUGGCCGAACACUACGGCCUCUAUCGAGACCUGUUCCACGGGGCCACCUUCGUGCCCCGAGUCCCCCUGCAUGUGGCCUACGCUGUAGGCGAGGACGACUUGAUGCCUGUGUACUGCGGCAAUGAGGUCACUCCAACUGAGGCUGCCCAGGCCCCGGAGGUGACCUAUGAGGCAGACGAGGGCUCCAUGUGGACACUGCUGCUCACCAACUUGGAUGGACACCUGCUGGAACCGGAUGCUGAGUAUUUGCACUGGCUGGUAACCAACAUCCCGGGCCACAGGGUGGCUGAAGGACAGGAGACGUGUCCCUACCUGCCCCCCUUCCCUGCCCGAGGCUCCGGCUUCCACCGCUUUGCCUUUCUGCUCUUCAAGCAGGACAAGCCAAUCGACUUCUCUGGGGACACCCGGCCCUCACCCUGCUACCAGCUUGCCCAGCGGACCUUCCACACUUUUGAUUUCUACAAGAAACACCAAGAUGCCAUGACUCCAGCUGGCCUGGCCUUCUUCCAGUGCCGCUGGGAUGACUCGGUCACCCACAUCUUCCACCAGCUCCUGGACAUGCGAGAGCCUGUGUUUGAGUUUGUGCGGCCGCCCCCUUAUCACCCUAAGCAGAAGCGCUUCCCCCACCGGCAGCCCCUGCGCUACCUGGACCGGUACAGAGACAGUCACGAACCCACCUAUGGCAUCUACUGAGUGGCUGGAGUGCCACCCCCCUCAGAGAGUGGACUGGGCCUCUCAGGCCACCCUGUCAGGCUCUGCAGGUGGGAGCAAUAGAGACACAGUGCCAAGGGGGCCAAGCAUUGGGGUUCUCCGGCCUGCCUGAGUCAGCCCCUCUGCUGUCCUCCCAGCAGGCCCAGGGCUUGGGAGUGAAGAAUGCUGGGGGGUUGCGGCUAUGAAUAUAUUGAUUUUUGCUGUA